AUGGCACUGGCAUCGUCUGGCACCCCAGCAGGAGGAGUAGGAGGAGGAAGGGUGCCAUAUGGGAUUCUACUUAUGGAAGACGAUGCCGACGAUGGAGGAGAGUGCUUUGGCGCCAUGCUUCAAGUCCCCCACGUGAUUACAUUGUUUGCCAUUAUUGUUAUGCUAUUCACUGGAGUAUUUAUGCUUCGUGGAUUUAGCAUUGAAAUGGUUAAGUUCUUUGUCGAUUUCAUGGCCUCCGACAGCUCUGCCUGUCUUGAUGAGGCUGGAAAUCAGGAGGACGAAACUGAUCACUUUGGAUUUGAAGAAGACCUAGUUUCGGGUAAUGAAUUAGUUUACGAACGUUCCAGUAAUGAAGUAGGCGACCAUCUGGAUAGUGAAGAAGAAUCCAGGAAUUUGGAUGCAAGUCGAAAGUUCGAGGAAAUAAUCAAGAAAAAUGAAAAUGUUUUCUUGAGGUUUGAGAAAGAAAGAUUAGAAAAGGAUCGGCUGAUCGACGAAUUACUCAAAAAGGUUGAGGACCUGACCGUAGCAGGACUGUGGAUGGAAGAACACAUCAGAGUCCUCGAACGCCUGAACAAAGAAAAGGAAAGAAACAUCUCUUCAAUGUCCGAAGAGAUGCAGAAGCUCAGAAACGAAAUGGCUGAAAAGGCGAAGGAUACACAAGUCCAAAAAAUGGAAAACGAAGAGAGAGACGAGAUGCUAAUCAUUUUGAAUAACACGGUCGCAGUUCUCGAGAUGGAGAAGGACACUUUGCAUCGAGAGCUACAGCAAAACGAUAAUAGCCGAAAUGAAAUGCAAAUGAAAAUGAACAAGCUGAAUCAGGACCUGGAAGGACUUCGAAAAGAGAAUGGAAGGAAAGAGAAGAACAUAGAAAAGCUGAAGAGGGAGAACGAGAACAAGACCUUGGAGAUCAGAGGUUUAGAGGAUGAGUUACACGUCCUCACCAUUCAGACACAGAUGGCCCAGGAAAAUUUGAGAGAGCUCGACAAUUGUAAAAAAGAAUUAGCUGAGAAAAACGAGGAACUGGAAAAACUGACAGAACAGAACUUGCAAAGAGACAGAGAGAUCCUCCGACUGGAAAAUGAGUGCACCCAGAAACACUUGGAAAUCACAGGUUUGCUGCAAGAAUCUAAAACUGUUGUAGCUGAACAACCGACGGCAAAUGGAAAGGUGAAUCACCUGAUUAGAAGGAAAGUUAAACUUGAAUUUGAAAAGAUUGAAGCAUUAUUGGAACUCUUAAGACGCCAAGAAGAGAUCUUGGCGCAGGAUACGAAGAUUAGCUGCUUGGAAACGGUCAAAAUUCUUAAAGGACCAAAGGGUUGUAAAGAAAAGGAAGUUUGCACAAGAGAGAAGACGAUAAGGAAAUCUGAAGACAAGAAGGCUUCGGAUAAAACUCAAUGUCUGAGGAAGCCCCAGAUAAACUGCAGAGCCCUCUACCGACGAAUGGACAGCAUCGAGGAAGAACUUCGCCAAAUCAAAGGAUUGCAACGACCUUCAGCUGGCACCAAGAGGCACUCAAAGGUCCUGCCUAAAACUCCAUCGAUUGAGAAGCCUCUAAACAGAGAUGCAUUGCACCAGAAGAUGGGGCUGGUAUCUGCAGCCAACCUCCAACGACUGGAGCAAGAAGCUAAAAUGGUCCGAGAGCUCUACAAGAUAAACGCCGUCACGUAA